UGAUUCAGUCAGUUCGGGCAGUUUGUCUUCAGCAACAUCCACGCUCCCUUUCUACUGCUGUCUGGGAGAAGAAAGAAGAGGAUAUAUUAUUUUAAAAAUAAGGGAAAACUUCUUUACAACCCCCUGUGAGUGUAUGAACGGGCAGUAAAAGCAGAGAGUCGACGCUGCUUGUGUUUCGGCGGGGAUUUUGUUUCAAUCGUGCUUGGCUGGACUGUCUGCAUUCUGCCGGGUUGAUAACGUUAAACCCAACGAUGUGCUCGGAAAAGGUGGGCAUGAGAAAAACGUCUGUGUAAAAUAGUUUGGGAGAAUUUUGUUAAAGGACCUGCUGCCAAAAGAUUUGGGGAAAAGGGCAAAUGGGCCAUGAAUUAAAAAUUCUGGAUAAGAUAUUAAGUUGGAGAAGAGAAAAUCAAAACAAUUACACGAAAAGGUAACAGAAGGUGUAUGCUGCCUCUUGCUGUAGUUUUCCUGCUACUACCAUGAGCUGGAGCUUUCUGACUCGCUUACUAGAGGAAAUUCACAAUCAUUCCACGUUUGUGGGCAAGAUCUGGCUCACCGUCCUCCUCGUCUUUCGCAUAGUCUUGACAGCCGUGGGAGGCGAGUCGAUCUACUACGAUGAGCAGAGUAAAUUCGUCUGCAACUCAGGCCAGCCGGGCUGCGAGAACGUCUGCUACGACGCCUUCGCUCCUCUCUCACACAUCCGCUUCUGGAUCUUCCAAACCAUCCUGGUGGCCACACCUUCCCUUAUGUAUCUGGGCUACGCUGUGAACAAAAUCGCUCGGGCAGAAGACCAGGCAGAUAUGGGGGGAGUGUGCAGAUUUUCACGAAAUAAACUCAAGAAGGCUUACCUGGCAAACAGAAAGCAGCACAGAGGCAUCGAAGAGGCUGAGGAUGACAACGAGGAAGACCCGAUGAUCUAUGAAGUGACGGAGGCAGAGGAUGAUGGGGGUCUAGCUGGAAAGGGAGACAGUAGUGCAAGAGAAGUCAAAGCAAAGGUUCGCCAUGAUGGUCGUCAGCGAAUAAAAGAAGAUGGAAUGAUGCGCAUUUAUGUUUUUCAGCUGUUGGCCCGUGCCAUCCUGGAGGUGGCAUUCCUCUGUGGUCAAUAUGUGUUGUAUGGAUUUGCUGUGCCUGCCAGAUACGUGUGCUCAGACCUGCCCUGCCCGCAUAGCGUGGACUGCUUCAUAUCACGGCCCACGGAGAAAACAAUCUUCCUCCUCAUCAUGUACGCUGUCUCUAUGCUCUGUUUGGUACUCAAUUUAUGGGAGAUGCUUCAACUGGGCAUGGGCACCAUCUGUGAGAUAAUGCGUUCCCGCCAACUACACCUGCACGACAAUGAACUGUACGGACUCACAAAGAGAAAUAAAGCAAUUAAUGAGGCAGGAUUAUGUGAAGAUUAUAGCAGCUCCCCUUUUACCUGGAACGAACCAUCAGCCCCUCCAGGGUACAACAUCGCCAUCAAACCUCUUCUGAUGUCCAAAGGGAACCACAUUCCACCUCUUCCCAUCACCGAUCUCACCAAUGCCAAGAUGACGUGCCGACAGAACCACGUGAACAUCGCACAAGAGGAGCGUCAGCAGUACGCCGAAAAUGAUGAGAACCUGUGCAGAGCCGGGAGGGGAGACGGUCGCAGAAGUGCUGAUAAAGAUGUGGGCCAGGCUCAGAAGAAGAUGAAUUCUAACAACCAGACCUACAGUCAGCUGCAGAGCCACGGUAAUAACAACAGUAAGCCCAACCAUGAACGUAAACACCGGCAGACCUCCUGGCAUGCCUCCGGCAAGGGUGACACUGACAGGGGCAGCAGUGGCACAAGCCACAGCAGCAAAUAUGGAGUGAUAAAGAGUUCUGAGUGGAUCUGAAAUAAAGAUAGACUGUUCAAACACAGGCCUUAGAGGUUAUAAUUGAUGCAGCUACAUUACAGAUAUUGGCUCCAAUGCAACAUUUUGUAAAAUGUUUCUUUAAAUAAAAAUGUGAAUACUGUGUCUCUCCAACAGUCAUAACACGCUUAUUGAAGUAGCUUUCUGGGGUAAAAAGCGGUUCUUCAGAGACAGAAAAUGUUGUAGGGCUUAUUUCAGUUAGUAUUAGCAAGUGCUUUGCAGUAUUUCUCCCUUGUUUUAUUAUUUACAUUCAACACUAAGCAGUUAUAGUAAAGAUUAGCUCUACCCCACUACAUAACGGAAGGGUCUAAAGAAAUUGGUUAUUUAGCUACAAGUUAACUAAGAAAUUCACAGAAGUUAUCGUCAAUAGAUAUUUAUAUCCUGGUAUUUUUGUGCCAUUUCCUUUAUUUGAUGUUAAGAAAUAUCAGUUACUUGUGGAAGCAGAGACCUCUAUUUAAGUGCCUUCAUUGAAGAGCCAAAGAACUGCUUAACGGUGACUCAGCAGUUUUUAUUAUAAUUAUUAUUGUCGCUAAAGUUGACGUGACACGGCUGUCUAUGUACAAAUGCUUCUAAUUCUUAAUUAAUGUUGUUUCUAAGAAUGCAAAACAGUUUCCACUGAGCCAGCUUGAUGUGGAUUGUUCUCCUAAUCCAGAAAGACCAAUUUAGAGAUAAGAGUUUACAAUGUUCUAAUCUUUUUUUUUUUCUUUGAGACUGAGAAAGGAUUAAGUCUUCAUUAUGUUUUGAGAUUUUUCCAUUUGAUCACAUUUUGAUGUUUACAUUUUAGGUAGUUUUUUUAUAUAUCUUGUAGGUUUCUGUGCAAGUUGUUUUUACAUUAGUUCAAUUGUUGAUGUAUUACGCAAUACAGCGAGCACCCCAAUCUCAUGUUUAAUCUUACCUGUUAGAAAUGUGAUUUUUAAUUGUUAAAUUGGAAUGUUUGGUUUGAUCAGAGAUUAUUUUUUACUCUUAAAUGACUUAAUGUUUUCAAUAAAAAGACAGCAUUUUCUCUUUGGA